GAGCUGGGGAAAUACGGUUUGCUCUAUUACAACGCGCUGUUCAUGAUCCUGCCCACCUUGAUCAUUGCCUAUUUCACUGGAGACGCGCAAAAGGCAAUGGAGUACCAGGGCUGGGCAGACACGUUCUUCAUGGUGCAGUUCACGCUGUCGUGUGUGAUGGGGUUUAUUUUGAUGUAUUCCACAGUUCUUUGCACUCAGUAUAAUUCCGCUCUUACAACUACAAUAGUUGGCUGCAUUAAGAAUAUUUUAAUAACCUAUAUUGGGAUGUUUUUUGGAGGAGACUAUAUUUUUACAUGGAUGAACUUCAUUGGUUUAAAUAUCAGUAUUGCUGGAAGCCUGGUGUAUUCCUACAUCACUUUCACAGAGGAGCAAAUGAGCAAGCAGUCAGAAGCUGGCACCAAGAUGGAUAUUAAAGGAAAAAGCUCAGUGUGA